AUGUCUGGCAAAGUCGGUGGAAAGGCCAAGUCUGGUGGCAAGGCCUCCGGUGAAUCUUCAUCCAAGUCUCAAUCGCGUUCAGCCAAAGCCGGUCUUCAAUUCCCUGUCGGUCGUGUUCACCGUCUCUUGAAGAAGGGCAACUACGCACAACGUGUUGGUGCUGGUGCACCUGUCUACCUUGCAGCGGUACUAGAGUACCUGGCUGCUGAGAUCCUGGAACUCGCCGGUAAUGCAGCCCGCGACAACAAGAAGCAGCGUAUCGUUCCUAGACAUUUACAACUCGCCAUCCGAAAUGACGAAGAGCUGAACAAGCUCCUUGGAGACGUCGUCAUUUCACAGGGUGGUGUCGUCCCCUUCAUCAACCCUGAACUUCUGCCCAGUAAAAGUGCAAAGGGCAAGAAGGAGAGCCAGGAAGUAUAA